AGCUGUUUGUUCAUUGAAGGUAAUACGUUGUACACGCAUCAAAAGAAGGCGAUGAAGCUGGUGAUCAUGCUGUGUCUGCAGUUGCUCUUUGCGUUGUCAAAUGGAAUCCAAUCCACGUUUGAGCUACUUACACAACCCAACAACGACUUCAGCAAGUUCGGGUACCAGGAAGCGACAGUGAGUACGGGACGCCAUGAUGAAUGUGCUUCCCACUGCGCACAAAACCCAAGAUGUUCUGUCUUCAAGUACGACAUACCAGCGUCCUUGUGUACUACCCUUGUACCAGACAGGUUUAAUUGGGUCAGUGCCGAAGUUCCGAAAGCCCAAGAAAGCGUCUACGCCUACACAGAUACAGGAUGGUGCCCUGUUGAACAGGGAUACAUCUUCCUAAGGGAUAUUCAGAUGUGCAUAUGGGUCUCCUCCACAACGGCCGACAACGACACCGCCGUGAUUCAGUGUGGCCAACACGGGGGCAGACUCAUAAUCCUUUCCGACUCCAACAAAUGGGAGAUAAUAUCAAAGAUGGGUCUGGACCCACUGACUACAGGUCUUACUGUCCUAGUACGAGUCGGCGCCGAUGAUAGCACCGUGCCAGGAACGUAUGUAUGGGGAGACGGACAUCCAGUGAAUAACAGUCUGUGGAAUGUCGGGGAACCAAAUUCUUUGACCGAACACUGUGUUUCCAUCUCUAAUGGAGCACUCUAUGACAUCCCUUGCAGUAUGGAGGUGUACUUCAUUUGUGAAAUACAUAAAUAAUUAUAUAAAGUUUCUCUGAAACAGUCACAGCAGGUGCACCCUCUCUCAUCUCCCCCCAUUGUCUGUGUUUAGAAUGUUUGAUGUUAUAUAACAGACAGUCCAGUGAUCGACACUGUGAGCAUCAACCGAUGACAUGUGUCAACCAUGUCAGCUAGCCUGACCACCCGA